GCUAGGUCGUGGUAAAACAUCCCCUAGCCGAAUAUAUAUUAGUUAGAACCAGAGUUACCAGGUUAUUUUUUCAAAAAUCUGUCAAAACUCAAAAAUUUAUCUUGAUUUGUUUGGGUCUGCUAUAUACAAAAAAAACUUUGGCUGGCGAAGCGGGGAAAAUCUGGCAUUUGCCAGACAAAUCUGGCAACGCUGGUUAGAACAAAGCAGCAGGCAGACAGGACACCAUGAGUAAAUUCUUCUAAAAAUAAAUUUUCGCGGGGCGCUAACUCCGCCUAUACUGAACUGCACGAACUAUUUACUAUCGGUACACCCCUCGUGUUAUGUAAACGUUUUUCUACUAGUUGGUUCCUCCCCGUUUGUCAACACAGAUCAGCUGCUUGCAGGGAUGCCUGAUUUCAUCAGACUGUGUGUAAUAUUUGAAAAUGAUUUGUCGCAAUAAUUUAUGGGAUUACGUUGAUAAAACAUUAAACUUUUUUAGCGAUGCUUGAGGGCAAACAUUUAUUUUUCUAUAAGUUGGUCAGAAAUAUGAAUACUUAGGUAUGUGAAAUCGAUUAUUGGUUUGUGGUAUACACAUAGAUGAAAUAUUUAUUAUUUUUAGUUAGUUUUUCUUACGGACUGUUUGAAAAUUUCAUUAUUGGGCCUGAUGUAAAAUGAACUUGUAGAUAUCUAGGUUAUUGUUGAUUGUGUUAGUAAUUUUCAUCCGAAAUUAGGUGGCAGCAGAACAGAAGCAAGUAAAUAUCGUAACCUAGUAUUUUCUGUUACAAUAAUGGACAUACAGGAUACCAUCGUUCAAUUAAAUUGCGGUGAUUAGUGGAAAUUAUCCUCGAUACAAUGAAACUUUUUUCAUCAUCAAGCAUUUGCUGACGAUCUUCGAGCAAUUUAAAACAGUGUUCGAACAGUUUGACAUUCGAACAUGAGAACACAGCAGCGCUGCCUGUUUAACAUCACUGUUACCAGUUUACCGUGAUGUGCAUCAAAACAAGAUCUUCAGUGUCUAGUCUAUAUAUUCGUUUAUGGUUGAUUGAUAAUCUGAAUAGUUUUUAGUUGAGGAUUCUAUGCCCAGUGAAAAAUGAAGUAUUUGGUCAUACUUAAUUUCGUGAGAAAAUUACAAACAUAGCCAAAACCGCCCUAUCUCGCCACCAGUGCUAAUUCUACAUCAUGGGACUAUCGAACUAUAUCGACGUCAACAUUUCAAAAGGGUUUAAAAACAAUUGACAGAUUCUCUUUGUUUACUUUCUCUUUCGACUAUAUCUGCGUUAUUCUACAAACGUUUGUUACAUAUUUGGUACUGUUGGAAACAUGGGGGUAUUGUCUUUCAUUCUACACGAAUACUUUGUAGGUACACGUGAAAAUUAAGGAGAUAUUCACAAAAGAGAAAGUAAACAAAGAGAAACUCCCAUUGGUUUAUGUGCUCUUAUGAAAUGUUGAUAUCGAUAUAUACAAACAUCAAGCCGAUUUAGAGCAAAAAGCGAACGUUUUUCUUGUAUAUAAUAAAUUUACUCGUAGUAAAAUGGAAUUUUGCCUAGCACGAGAUAAGAUGCUAAAAGAGGAAGAACCAGAAAACAGUCCUGUAGCCUUUUCCCCAUCGUCCGCUCCAGCAAUCGAUUCCCCAAUAAAACUCGAAUUGCAGAUUUGCGAUGAGGAAUUCUCACAGAAAAGUGAUCUUCGUAAAGAAGGGUUAGUACGUAAAAGGGUACAGGUUUAUACUUGCGAAAUUUGCGGUGAACAAUUUUCUUUGAAGAAAGCCUUGAUGAAGCAUAUGAUCAUUCAUACUGAAGACAAACAAUUUAAGUGUAAUGUGUGUGGCAAAGGAUUCCAGUAUUACCAGCAAUUAAAGAACCACACAAAUAUUCACACUGGAGAGCGACCGUACAAUUGCACUGCAUGCGAAAAAAAAUUCACGUAUAAAAUGUUGCUUGUUCAACACAUGCACACUCACACAAGCGAGCAUCCGUACAAAUGCAGUGUAUGCGGAAAAGGAUUUCCAAUGAAGGGUUACUUAACUAAUCACAUGUCUAUUCACCAAAGUAAGAACAAACAUAAGUGCGAAGUGUGUGGCAAAUGCUUUGAUCAGCGUGCUCCACUCUUGAGGCACAAACGCGUUCAUACAAACGAGAAGUUCAAAUGCUCCAUAUGCGAGAAAGAUUAUUCUACUAAGUAUUAUCUCAGCAGACACAUGAAAAGUCAUGUGGAUGGUUACGAUUAUAACUGUGGAGUGUGCGGCAAAGGGUUUAUCACCAAAUCACUUUUGAAAGCCCACGAAGAUCGUCACCCAGGUGAUCGGCCUUACAAAUGUACUGUUUGCGGAAAGGACUUUAAUUAUGAAAGAAAACUUUCUUCACACAUGCAAAAUCACACAAGCGAGCGAUCUUACAAAUGCACCGUAUGUGAAAAAGAUUUCACCAUUAUGGCUUACCUAACUAAACACAUGCUUAUUCACACGGAUGAUUAUAAAUAUAAGUGCGACGUAUGUGGCAAAGGAUUUGUGGCCAGAACACUCCUAAAAAAUCAUGCACGCCUUCAUACAGGAGAACGACCGUACAAAUGCACCGUAUGCGGAAAAGAAUUUCACAUUAAGGCUUACCUAAUCAGACACAUGCAUAUUCACCAAAGUGAGUACAAAUAUAAGUGCGAAGUGUGCGGGAAAGCCUUUCAUGAUGCUGCUAACUUCGCGAGACACAAACUCAUUCAUACAAAUGAGAAGUUUAAAUGCACCAUAUGCGAGAAAGAUUAUUUCACAAAGCAUGAACUCAAGAGACACAUGAAUAUACACGUGAAUGGUUACGAGCAUAAGUGUGAUGUGUGCGGCAAAGGAUUCAUCUCCAACUCACUUUUGAGAGACCACGAAAAUAGUCACACAGGUGAACGGCCUUACAAAUGCACUGUAUGUGGAAAAGACUUUAAUAAUAAAAAAAGAAUUUCUGUACACAUGCAAACUCACGCAAGCGAGCGACCGUACAAAUGCACCGUUUGUGGAAAAGAUUUCGUCGUUAUGCCUUACCUAACUAAACACAUGCGCACUCACACGAAUGAUUAUAGUUAUGAGUGUUCUAUGUGUGGCAAAGGAUUCUUAACCAGAUCACUCUUGAAAGACCAUGAACACAGUCAUACAGGCGAGCGACCAUACAAAUGUACCGUAUGUGGAAAAGAUUUCCAUGGUAAACUAAAUCUUACUCAUCACAUGCGCUAUCACACGAUUGAGCGACCUUACAAAUGCGCCGUAUGUGGAAAAGAAUUUGUCCUCCAGUCUAUCCUAACCAGACAUAUGUCUGCUCAUGAAAAUAACUACAAACAUAAGUGUGAUGUAUGCGGCAAAGGAUUCGCGAACAGAUUACAUUUGGAAGACCAUGGAAACAGUCAUACAGGAGAGCGACCGUACAAAUGCACUGUAUGUGGAAAAGAUUUCGCGGAUAGGUCUUACUUAUCCAAACACAGGCUUAUUCACGAAAGUGGUUACAGGUACAAGUGUGAAUUGUGUGGUAAAGGCAUGAGAGAUAGCUCAGGCUUUGCGAAACACAAACGCCUUCAUACGGACAAGAAGUAUGAAUGCACCAUGUGCGGAAAUGAUUUUACCACUAAGAAUUGCCUAAACGAGCACAUGCUUAGCCACACGGCACAGAUGAGUGCGUGAUAAAAAAUACCUUGAAAAUAAUUACUUCAAGCUACAUUUUCGCAGUCAUACAACUUCGUCGACCACUCGAAUAUACUGAGGGGAACUUACUCGAAAAGUUAUACCACUCAUCGCGAAACGAUAGUAGUAACAAAUUGAUCUUGUGAACAUUUUCCAUUUAAAUGGGAUGCCUGUACCUAUCAACAUAAUUGAGAAAUAAA